AUGGCCAAUGGAGAUAUGAUCAUGGAUGGUUUCCAUCACAGAACAGGCGAUGAAGAUAUUAAUUGUCCUUCUUCUUCUUCACCUUCUUCAUUAGUAACCUCAUUAGCACCACCCUCCAUCUUUAAAUCAUCCUUAAAUUCUGAUCAAGAUCCUUUCUUUACUUCUACCUGGCCAAACCAACCACUUCUACAUAUGAUCGGACACAACCCAUCACCAAAUUUCCAACCUCCUUCUUUAAUUACCAGCCACUUCUCCGACCGAUCAUUUGUCCUGCCCGGUUCUACCCAGAUGGCUGAUCAGGAUUCGCCUAUAGGAAAUAGAAAGAGGAAAGCGUCAGAACACAAUUCAGUACUAUUCAAUUCCACUAAGAAAAAGGAUGUUUCCAUUGAUGAUAAUUCAGACAAUGAACCAGAAGAUAAGAGGAACAAAAACGAAGUAAAUUUGCGUGGAAAACAGCAAAUGAGUAAACAGGCUGAAGAAACUCCCAAUAAUGGCGGGGAGGAGGCUCCAAAAGAGACAUACAGUCAUGUGAGGGCCAGACGAGGGCAGGCAACUAAUAGUCAUAGUCUUGCAGAAAGAGUAAGAAGAGAGAGAAUUAGUGAGAGAAUGAAGUUGCUUCAAGAACUUGUUCCGGGUUGCAAUAAGAUAACUGGGAAGGCUGUAAUGCUAGACGAAAUCAUCAACUAUGUUCAAUCACUUCAGCAACAAGUCGAGUUUCUGUCGAUGAAACUCGCCACUGUCAAUCCAGAACUGAACAAUAUCGAUAUAGAAAGGAUUCUCUCCAAAGAGAUGAUGUUGCAUUCACGAGGAGGAAAUAAUACUCCAGUCCCUGGAUUUGGUCGAACUAUUAACGAACAUCAAUCUUAUUCACCCGGAAUACAACCAGGAAUCCCUUAUUAUCCCAUGAUGCCUCAGAAUAUAUGGGACAAUGAUCUUCAUAAUCUUCUCCAAAUGGGAUUUGAUUCUAAUCAAGUAUUCAACAACCUGGGGCAAAAAGGUUGCCAAAAGUCAGAUCUAUAGCAUUUUGGAAAGAGAAAGCAUUUUGCAGGUUUCACUUAACUGAGUGUUUCAUCAGUAUCUAUGUUGAUUGUUGUAUAGGAUCAGGCCCGUAAUUUUUUUUUCUUGGAGUUCUAACAAAGGAUGAAUAUAGAUUCCUGAACAUUGUACAUCCAGUUUUCAGAGGGGGAAACUGAGAAUUCGUUUGUUUUGAGAUGGGAUUGUAGAUUUGGAAACUUUAAAGAUAAAUUUCCUUUAUGAUUGUAGAAAAAUACAUGGCCAACAGAUAAUUUUUAAAAUCGUUGCAUAUCUCAAGUAUCAAGUAUGACUAUGUGUUGAUUGAUUGAA